UGUGAAGGGCCUUUGGCGGUGUGAUCCUCGUCGACCCAGGUGAGAAUUAUUAGAGGAGGGAGCUUAGUGCCUGUCCCACCUGCUACCAUGGAAGCCAGAGGCUUGCUGGCCUUCGAUGAUGACCGGAGAUGCCUGUCUGGGAGCCUACCUGUGCCAGUGCCCGCUGAGGGCCCAGCUGCAGAGGCUGCCUCUGGGUCCAGCAAGCCAUUCUCCUCAGCCCACAGACACCUGAGCAGGAAGAACGGGCUUUCUAAGCUCUGCCAGAGCAGAAUAGCGCUUUCUGAAGACAGAUGGAGCUCCUACUGCCUCUCAUCACUAGCUGCCCAGAACAUCUGCACAAGCAAGCUGCGCUGCCCUCUGGCGCCUGAGCUCGUGGAUGCCGCUGGGUCCCUGGGCAGUGCGUCCUGCUGCUCCCUGCUGCGUGGCUUGUCUGCCGGGAGCACUGCACCCCCGUUCCCAGCCCCCGUGUGCAACCCUAACAAGGCUGUCUUCACUGUGGACGCCAAGACCACAGAGAUCCUGGUUGCUAAUGACAAAGCUUGCAGUCUCCUGGGGUACAGUAGCCAGGACCUGAUUGGCCAAAAGCUGGCACAGUUCUUCCUGAAGUCGGACUCCGCUGUGGUGGAAGCCCUCAGCCAGGAGCAUGUGGAAGCGGAUGGCCACGCCGCCGUAGUGUUCAGCACAGUGGUGGACAUCGUCAGCCGCAGUGGGGAGAAGAUUCCAGUCUCUGUGUGGAUGAAGAGAGUGCGGCAGGAGCGUGGCCUGUGCUGUGUGGUGGUCCUGGAGCCUGUGGAGAGGGUCUCAGCCUGGGUCGCCUUCCAGAGUGACGGAACCAUCACGGCCUGUGACAGCCUCUUCGCUCAUCUCCAUGGCUUUGCCUCGGGUGAGGAUGUGGUUGGACAGCAUCUCCCAGACCUCAUUCCAUCUGUGCAGCUCCCUCCUCCUGGCCAGCCUGUGCCAAAGAGUCUGAAGAUCCAGAGGUCUGUUGGCAGAGCCAGGGAUGGCACCACCUUCCCUCUGAGCCUAAAGCUGAAGGCCAAGCCCAGUGACCCGGAGGUGGCCAGCAGCAAGGAGGCCCCCGAGCUGGACUACUGGGCAUCAGUCUGGGUGUUCUGCACCAUCAGUGGGCUUGUGACCCUUCUGCCGGAUGGCACCAUCUACGGCAUCAACCACAGCUUUGCGCUGACGCUGUUUGGUUAUGGAAGGACAGAGCUCCUGGGCAAGAAUAUCACUUUCCUGAUUCCUGGUUUCUACCACUACAUGGACCUUGCCUGUGACAGUUCUUCACAGCUACCAGACCUGGCCGACUGCCUGGACAUCCACAGUGAGAGCAGGCUUGGGCAGAUGAGCUGGGACCCCGGCAGCGGAGCCCAGGAUCUGAAGGUGAACGUGGUACGUGCUGGUGACCGCCUGCUGCCACAAGAGGAGCCCCUGCAGCUGGCAAGAAGCCAAGACAUCUCCCCUACUCAGACACAGCAGGAAGUAGGAGCCUGGCUCCCUUCCUCCUCGUCGGAGCCCUCACCGGGGGUAGACAGUGUCCCUGAGGGAAGCCCGCCCGCCCCCCACGGAGAACAGUCAUCAUCCACGGACCAGCAAAGUGUCCCUGAGGGAAGCCCUCCAGCCCACAGGGAACAGUUGUCACCCAGGGACCAGCAAAGUGUCACUGAGGGAAGCCCACCAGCUCACAGGGAACAUUUGGCACCCAGGGACCAGCAAAGUGUCCCCAAGGGAAGCCCUCCAGCCCACGGGGAACAGUUGUCACCCAGGGACCAGCAAAGUGUCCCCAAGGAAAAUCCUUCAGCCCAUGGGGAACAGUUGUCACCUAUGGACCAGCAAAGUGUCCCCAAGGAAAAUCCUUCAGCCCAUGGGGAACAGUUGUCAUCUAUGGACCAGCAAAGUGUCACUGAGGGAAGCCCGCCAGCUCAUGGGGAACAGUCGUCGUCCGUGGACCAGCAAAGUGUCCCCGAGGGAAGCCCGCCAGCCCAUAGUGAACAGUCACUGCCUGAGAACCAGCAGAGUACCUCAGAGGAAAGCUCCGUGACCCAUGGUGAGUCUUCGUUGCUCCAGGACCAGCAAGAUGCCCCAGAAGGGAGCCCACCAGCCCAAGAUGACCAGUCACUGGUCACAGACCAGGAAUGUGCUGCCUUGGGGAAAGAGGAGCCUGCAGCAACAGAGGACCCCAGGCAGGGUCCCCUGGAAGAAAGCAGGUCUGAACCAGUGGAUACAAAAUCCUGGGCUUUGUGUGAGGGUUCUGAGCCUGCAGGCCCUGCUGAGGACAGGGACAGUGGCCCGAGUCUGGAGGCCCAGCAGGAGCUGAUCGGUGUCCUCAGCCCUAGCCCUUGGACUGAUCCUGCCAGACUCCAGGCCCAAACUGUAGGACAGCUGGCAACGGGGGGCCUCCUGAUGCACUGCCCUCUCUAUAGUAGCAAGUGGGCCCUACGGCAGCUGGCUCCCAGCCCCUCAGGGAGGGCAAGUGUCUCCUUUGGGACGCCCACUCUGGAUGAGCCUUGGCUGGGGGCACAGGACAACCGAGAGGAGCUGCAGACUUGCUUGACAGAGGAGAGGCUGCCUAAGCUGAGCUGCACAGGGCCUCUGGGCCUCUCCUGCCGUGAGCAGGUCCCAGCAGAGCACCCACCCUCCGCCCCAAUGUCCUUCUGCGAUCUUGGAGGCAGAGACCUUCACAGCAGCCACUUGGGCAGCUCCUCGGCCUGCUAUGCCUUGGCCACUGACCUUCCUGGUGUCCUAGAGGUGGUGGAGGCCCAGGAGGCCCAGGAGGCCGAUGUGAAUUCUUAUUCCUGGAACCUAAAGGAGCUCUUCCUCAGCGACUUGGCGGAACGAGCUUCAUCCAGCUGCUCCUGUGCCACAUCUGAACUCAGUGAGACACCUUCUCCUGUGGUGGUGGACUCUGAUGAGGAUGUGGGCCAUCUCCAUAGGCAGAGACCAGAUAUCCUGGGGGACAGGGAACUGUUGCUAUUGGCUGGCACCUACUUUGACCCUGGUGAUGGCCUGCAGUUCCAGGAAAGCCAUCUAGGACACGAUCAGACAGAACCCUCUGAGAUUUGUUUGGUGUCCUCUGAACAUCACAAAGCACAUGACAUGGAGAGCCCGGACUACAUCCUUCCCACACUGGAUGUGAGCCCUGAGCAUACGUUCCCGUCAGCAGAGGACCCAAGGCUAAGCGCUCAGGUCACUUCCACACCCGUGGCACCCAGGGCUACCAGCCUGCAGCAGCAGAUCCAGGAGGGCACCUACUCUGGGAGCUGCUACCACCGAGACGGACUGCGGCUGAGUAUCCAGUUUGAAGUGAAACGCGUGGAGCUCCAGGGCUCUGCAACCCUGUUCUGCUGCUGGCUGGUGAAGAACCUCUUGCAGAGCCACCGCAACUCAGCCACCAGGACCCGCCUGCUCAUCGCCAGCCUGCCCAGCUCCACCCACUCCAUGAGCGAGCUCCCUGGACCCAGCCUCGGGGAGAUGCUCAGAGCCAAGCCCUGGUUUGAGGAGAGCCCCACACCCGUGGAGCUGGCAGAGCUGGCCGCCUGUGAGGGGGAGUACUCCCACAAGUACAGCACCCUCAGCCCGAUUGGAAGUGGGGCCUUUGGGUUUGUCUGGACCGCAGUGGAUAAGGCGCAAAACAAGGAGGUGGUGGUGAAGUUCAUUAAGAAGGAGAAGAUUUUGGAAGACUGUUGGGUGGAGGACCCCAAACUUGGAAAAGUCACUCUGGAGAUCGCGAUUCUCUCCAGAGUGGAGCAUGCCAACAUCAUCAAGGUGCUGGACGUGUUUGAAAACCAGGGCUUCUUCCAGCUGGUAAUGGAGAAGCAUGGCUCUGGCCUGGACCUCUUUGCUUUCAUUGACCAUCACCCUAGCCUGGAUGAGCCCCUGGCAAGCUACAUCUUCCGGCAGCUGGUGUCAGCAGUGAGUUACCUGCGCUCAAAGGGCAUCGUGCAUCGGGAUAUCAAGGAUGAGAACAUUGUGAUCGCGGAGGACUUCACUAUCAAGUUGAUCGACUUUGGAUCGGCUGCCUACUUGGAAAGGGGCAAAUUGUUUUACACCUUCUGUGGAACGAUCGAGUACUGUGCUCCUGAGGUUCUCAUGGGGAAUCCCUACACAGGUCCAGAGCUGGAGAUGUGGUCUCUGGGGGUCACACUGUACACACUGGUCUUCGAGGAGAACCCCUUCUGUGAAGUGGAGGAGACCGUGGAGGCAGCUAUACACCCCCCACGCCCUGUUUCCCAGGCACUCAUGAGCCUUGUGUCUGGGCUGUUGCAGCCUGCCCCCGAGCAGCGCACCACUCUGGAGAAGCUGGUGAUGGAUCCGUGGGUAACACAGCCUGUGAAUCUGGCUGCUUACACCUGGGAAGAGGUGUGUCGAAUAAGCCAGCCAGAGAGCAGCCUCCUGUCCACUGCAAGUUUGGAGCUGGGCAACAGGAGCCUGAGCGACGUGCCUCGGGCUCGGGGGCUCUGCAGGCUUCCUGCCUCUAGCGAGUCCCCCAGUGGCCAGUGCUGCUUGUGUCCUGAGGACCCCUCCCCACCAGUGGGCUGAACACACACACUUCCUGCUGCUCUUCUUCACUCAGGUUGGAGAAUCAUAGAUUUCAGGUCCUGUCUACUUAAAAGAAAGUAAAUUCUCAAGAAUGGAGCCCAAUUUACCUUCUAAAAGCCCACAUACAACUGGGCAAGUGCCACAAUGGGAGCAGGUGUGACCGUUUUCUUAGGUUUAUAAAGUAAACUUGGAGUCCGUGUUUUUUUGUGACCCUGAGAAAGCAUUGUAAUGCACAAUUACUUUAUUAAAGUUCUUUUAUUUGUGAGCUUAUAGAG